AUGGUUGAUUUAAAAUCGACUGCUUCGAUAUUGAGUUAUGAGAAAAAUCUUGAAGAACAACACAAACGAGCAGGCCGGAGCGUUGGAGUCAUUGCUACAUUAUUCAUGUCUUUUAGAACUUUAGGUAUUAUUUAUGGAGAUAUUGGCACAUCUCCCUUAUAUGUACUUUCGGCAAUUUUUCCUGAUCCACCUGAAGAUGCCCGUGAUGUUAUCGGCAUUUGUUCUUUAAUUUUCUGGUCAUUGACUAUCGUGCCAAUGAUAAAAUAUGUUUUCAUUGUUUUGAGAGCAGAUGAUAAUGGGGAAGGUGGCACGUUUGCCUUUUACUCAAUAUUGAACAAAUAUUCGGGUUUAAGUGUAAACGGCGAGAGUAGAUCAGAUGAUAAUUCAAUUGUGAGAUACGAUACCAGCUCAACCCAUAGCUUCAAGCAACCAAAUUUUAUAGCGCGUUCCAAACUUAUACAAAAUGCGUUGCUAAUCAUUGUUUUAUUUGGUGCAUCCUUGGUAAUGAGCGAUGGACUAUUAACCCCAGCUGUGUCUGUAAUAUCCGCAGUAGAGGGAAUUGCAAUUAAAGCCCCAUCGUUAGAAACAUACAUAGUUCCCAUCAGUUGCGCGAUCAUCGUUCUAUUGUUUUUGGCUCAACGAUUCGGCACAAACAAGGUCGGGGAUUGGUUUGCCCCAAUCGUUUUCUUGUGGCUAGUGACGAUCGCAUCUACUGGAAUAUGGAAUAUUACAAAACAUCCAGAUAUUUUGAGAUCAUUCAAUCCAUAUAAUAUCUUUGAUUACUUUAUUCGCAAUAAAGGGUUGGGAUUCAACAGUCUCGGUGGGGUUUUGCUAUCCAUAACGGGAGUUGAAGCCUUGUAUGCUGAUUUGGGUCACUUCAAUCGCAUUUCUAUCCAACUUUCUUUUCCGCUCUUUGUUUAUCCUACGUUGACCUUGGCUUAUCUUGGACAGGGCGCCCGUAUAAUCUUGGAUCCUUCCAUUGUCAAACCAAACGCAUUUUGGAAUUCAGUACCAGAUAACGAUUUGGUUUAUUGGAUAACUUUUGUUUUUGCUACUCUGGCAACGAUUAUCGCUUCUCAGGCAAUGAUCUCUGCCACAUUCUCAUUAAUACAUCAAGCGGUGCAACUGGAAUGUUUUCCGAGAGUUAAAAUCAUACACACUUCAAAGAUUUCAGAAGGACAAAUUUAUAUUCCCGAGAUUAAUUACUUCCUUAUGAUAAUUAUUGUGAUAAUUUGUAUUGUUUUCAAAGAAUCCGCCAACCUAACUAACGCUUACGGGGUCGCGGUUGGUUCUGUGAUGGUCAUUACAACAAUUCUGAUAUCUAUAACAAUUUGCGUUGUUUGGAAACUUCCGAUAAUAUUAUCUAUAACUUUCCUAUUGAUAUUUGGUAUAAUUGAUUUAUCAUUCUUGAUUUCUACCCUUCGUAAAAUUCAUGAAGGUGGUUGGUUUACACUUUUAUUGGCGAUUAUUAUUUGUUUGAUUAUGAUUAUUUGGAAAUGGGGUUCGCGCCUCAAAUUUCAACACGCGUUAAAGUCAAAAACGAAACUUGAACACAUUUUUGUUAACGACGACGAACCAGAUAAAGGGGAUGAAGAAAUGAUAGAGAAAGAUGUUUCGAUUGACCCAAGUUCUAAAAUAGCAAUCGGUGAAAUGGAGCCAUCAAAUGAACUGGUAGAUGGAAAUUCAACCACCAAAGAAAUGAAUUUUGGUGAAAUAAAAAUUCGAAAAGAUGUUAAUAAAAGUCAAAUACGACUCGCGAGCAGUGGAUUUCAAGUUAGUAGAUUACCGGGUAUUGGAAUGUUUUACAAUGAAGUGGGAUUCGGUGUUCCACUUACAUUUCGACACUUUAUACAACAUUUCCCGGCGGUACCACAAAUUCUCAUAUUCAUUACAAUACGUCCCGUUGCGAUUCCAUACGUGGGUGAUGACGAUCGCCUGGUCGUGAGAAAAGUUAGUAAUUAUGACGGUUGUUAUAAUAUAAUUGCCCGUUAUGGUUAUAUGGAGAAGAUUUCACAAGGACAAGAAUUUGUGAAAAAGAUGCUCGAAUCAAUUCAUAAAUUUGAUCCCACUCAUGAAGGCCUAUUGGAAAAGUCAAAUCAUGUGACAUAUGUAGUUGGUCAACAACACCUUCACCCUAAAUUAAAUGCUUCUUGGUUGAAAAGAUUAUUAAUUUAUUGUUACGUCUUUUUAGUUAAUAAUUCAAGACAAUUAUACGGAAAUUGGAACAUUCCAAUCGAGGAUGUCGUUGAUGUCGGCAUGAAAAUAACUUUAUAA